AAUUGAUCUAAAGUGCAUUUCACUCCGGAUUAUCCCUUUAAGGGCCAAUAUGAGCAUUUUAACCUUCAUUUGAGGGUUUUCUGAGAAUGAGUCUAUGGUCAUGUAAUGUUGCUCAGGUGUACGUCUACUCACUACAAUUUCAUGAGCAACAUGACCAGCACAUAUACAGCUCUGGAUAAAAAUAAGAGACUACUGCACAAUUAAUUAAUUAAUUAUUGUUCAUUUUGAACAUUAAGAAUAUGUCAACUCAUUUAAAUCUCAACAAGCAUAGGAUGAGAGCUUUCGAAGAACCAGGCUUCAGAGUACUUCAGACAGGAGACACACCUUUAUGUAUUUAUGUAUUUAUUUGGGUUUCUGUCUGGAUAGUCUGUGAUUCUCAUUUGAGUAAUAUGAUCAAGUUCUUUCACAACUGUUCAUGCAGCAACCACAGUUUGCCACAGUUUGAACAAGCCCCUUCCAUUGUUGAUCAAAAGCCAGGCCAAUCAGGUAGUAUUUGAGCUGACAGAGGAACUUGAGCUUGACAUAUUACCAAGCAAAAGUCCCUCUCAGAUGUAUACACAUUGCAUAAUGAUGAGGCUAUGCUAUGCAUGGUCAAAAAAAUAGACCGUGCAAAUGGUUGUGCUGUAACAGGGAUUUAACCACUCCUUGGUGGGAGAUAUUAGCAAAUAGCCUAACUAGAUAUCAAGAUUUAGAAAAAUGUAAAGGAUUUGAACUUCAAAAUGGUAGAUUGUUUGCGAUCUAGACCUUGACUAUGAACAAAUACAUGAUUCAUAUAUUUAUCUCUACUAAAAGAUAAUAGAUAAGCCCUGCAUGAGCUGAAUGAAUGUGAAAAUGGGUUGGGUAUUCUACCUGGUGCCACACCCUCCUUUACUACAGACCCCAAUCACAUCUGGUCGAAGUUGAGUUUUAAUGCCCACCAAUAAAUAUUCGAUUUUCGAUUUUUUUUAUUGUAUUAAUUAAUCUACACGUUGUAAGGUGUUGGGGUGAUGUUUAAUAACAUUGCUGGAGAGGGCCUCUCAAGCUACUUUCAGUGUCUAUAUCUGAACAUGACACAAAUGGUCAGCAUCAGUAAGUAGAUAUUUACGUACAGCAGUUUACCAUGCAUGUGACCACCAACUCAAACAAUUAUUCUCAUCAAAUAGGCAGUUUCAGGAAAUACAUUACAUUCUUGGAUGUGUCUGUUUUGUAUGAAACAUGAUUUGGAUAUUUAUGCCAUGGUAAAACAAGUUGUGUAACUUGUGACUAAAGUUUGUUACUGUUAAUGAAGUUGAAAGUAAGCAAAACCGAAGGCUAUGGAUAAAGUUAUAGAAUACAGAUCCUUGGGAAACAUUAUCUUAUAGUAGUAUAAUCGGCUACUCAAGGUUUAGUUAUUGGCCCAGACUGCCUUGAUCUCAUUGUUACUUCAGUCAUUCUUCAUUGUGUAAAAAAAGUGUGUAAGUUUUAGGGUCAUUAUAAAAUGCUGAUAAAGUUGGGCACGUUUUUUUUUAUUUGUAUAGGUUGUAGUCAACUUGUCAUUCCACUAUCCGUGCCAACUUGUUCACGUGUAGGGAAAAAAAAUGCCUUGAAAGCGUUAUACAAGUUGACUAUUCACAACUUGUGUAAUUCCGGUGUACUUAAGGCCUCUCCCACAGUGAGCUGUACUCACAGAGAGACUGCUUCCAUUCUCAUAUUCCAGAAAAGACAACAGCAGGCUAUUGCAAUGGAAGGCCACAGAAUUGGACGAUUUACAAUUAUUUUGGCCUCAAUGGCCAUCUACAUCGUUGCAAUAGUGUUGAACAUCCUUGCAGGACCGGGAUUUUCGCCAUUUACUAAUAGCACUGGAAACAUAUCAGCCAAGUAUGACACAGACAUCACCCCAUCUGGCUGGACAUUUUCUAUCUGGAUUGUCAUUUACAUCUGGCUGACUUUCAUGAUGGUCUACAUCCUCUGCACUCUAUGCCUGCGGAAUUCCUAUGGCUACACUUACUGUAGUCCCCCUGUGUUGCCAUAUGGAUUCUUCAUCUCCUUUAUAGUGAACAUGAUUUGUAAUAUCACAUGGCUUCUGCUAUGGGACAGAGAGCAAAUGAUUGCAGCACUGGUGAUUAUAGCACUGGUAGCCCUGACGAACUACAUCAUGAUAUUCUUCUCCUGUCACGGACUGAAAAUCUAUGGUGCCUGGCUCAACAAAUACCACAAGCGUGACCUCUGGCUGAUCCGUAUUCUGGUCCAAAAUGGCAUUGCGACAUACAUGACAUGGACAACAUUGGCCACUCUCAUCAACCUCGCUAUAGUGAUGGACUAUGAUGGACAGCUGUCUAGAGCAGACGCUGGCACUGUGUGUCUGUCCUUCCUGACCGUAUUAAUGAUCCUCUGGUUUAUUCUUGAGAACUCUGUGCUUGACAAAUAUGUCCGCUACAUCCUGACCAUCUACCCUGUGAUUAUUGUUGCUCUGACGGGAAACAUUACAAAGAACUACGAUCCUGCAGCACCCAGUCGCAAUGCAAUUUUUAUUGCUGUGCUCUUGGGUCUGGCAUGCCUGCUCUUUGUGCUGAGAGUGCUCUUGGUUGUGUGGAGACACUUCAAACAGCCUUUAUACAGAGGAAUGAACACCGAAGAGAUUAUGUCUCCUAUCGAGAUAGCUGAAAAGCAGAAAAAAAUAUUUACCUAAGACAUACCUGCAUGCCAUGGUUUUUCGAAGCUAAAAUGUGGCUGGUUAGAGUAUUUUUUUUUUUUUUUUACUGUUUCUCAGUUUCUAUACUGCACUGCAUGUACAUAAUACAUUAUUUCAAAUAAAGACAGAUUAAAUGUAAUUUAUGAAUUAUACCAGAAAAAUAACUAAUAGUUCACAUAUUUAUAUAUCUUUUUUUUUGUUUAAUGUGCACUAAUUGUUAUAUGAUUAUAAAUAUAAUACUGGUCAGAACUUUUUAAAGUACUGUGUGUGUGUAUGUGUGUGUGUGUGUGUGUGUGUGUGUGUGUGUGUGUGUGUGUGUGUGUGUGUGUGUGUGUGUGUUCUUUUCUUUUAGUUUAGGUUUUUUUUUUUUAAACACCAAGGUUACAGUGGUAUGGAAUUUCUUUUGUGAAA